AUGGUAUCAAAGAGUUGGAUUUGCGGUUUUGCCUGUGCAAUUGCAGUGGCCCAGUCGUUAUCCUGUGAGAAGCACGAUGUAUUGAAAAAGUACCAAGUGAGUCAAUUUAGCACGCUGGGUUCUACAGAAAGAGACACCCCGCCAAGCAAAACCACUGAAAAGUGGUGGGUUAACGUUUGUGAGGAGCAUACUGCAGACUCCCCCGAAGGCUGUGAUAAGGACGAUAUGCUAUGUGGCCUAACGAGUGUUAUGUUGCCUGAAAACAAGGAUGCUAUCACUACUCAGAUUAUUGAUUUUAACAGAAACAUACCCUUUGGCGUCGAGGAAACUGAGAAUGCACUGUCAUUGUCAUUAAAGGGCACCAGAUGGGGGUCCAACGUCAUCGACGCAGUCUUGGAAUUCCAGUGCAAUGACAACAUGAAAGAAGACGAACUGGUUUCCACCACAUGGGCCGAUAAAAGAAUUCAGCUGACCAUAAAGGGUCCCUCUGGUUGCUUGAAGAGCAAAGAUGACAAGAAAAAGGGCGACGACGACAAGGAGGAAAAGAAGCCAGCAAAGAAAUCAAGCGGUGCUUCAUGGUUUACUUGGUUAUUCCUAUACGCCUUACUGUUUACAUUGAUAUACCUGAUGGUCGUAUCGUUCUUGAACACCAGAGGUGGCUCCUUCCAAGAUUUCCGUGCCGAGUUCACCCAACGCUCUACUCAAUUUUUCACUUCCUUACCUGAAUUCUGUAGAGAAGUUGUCUCGAAAAUAUUGGGUAGAAACACUACCCAAAGAGGUGGUUACAGCGCCGUUUAA